AGUAACACAAAUAAAAAUUUAAUGAAGAAAUUACAUCGUCAACUCCAAUUUGAAAAGUACUUAACAAUUUGAGCAAAAACGUCAGUUAUCCAAUUACAAUUUCAGAAUCCCCAAUAGUCGAGCUUCCGAUUUAUUCAAACACUUAAUCAUUCAAUCACCUUCUUCCUACCUCUUUGCUUGCUUCUGAAGAUUUUCAAUUAUUUGCGUUAUUUAAAGGAAACUGGAAAUCAAGCCAAGCAAGGUCUAUUUGAUUGCAAGAGAAGAAUUUGGAGUUAAUUUGGUUAUGUCACCGUCGACUACUUUGAGGAGAAGGCUUCAUCAUGGGGAUGUUGAUGGUAGAAGGCGUGAGCAUUACGAUUCAUCGGAUUUCGGGAGUUUAGGGGAGCCAUUGCUUGGGAAUCAUCGUGAGUAUGGUGAUAGACAUAGUGAGCAAUAUUCAUUGGAAGAGCUACUGGAUGAUCAAGGGAGGAAGGUCAAUCUUCAUUGGUCGUUUAUAUUUUCGCAGCUGCUCGCGCAGUGGGCUCAGUGGCUAGCAAAUAUCAUCCUUGGUUCGAGGUCACUUCUUGGACGUCUUGUGGGUCCUGCAUUCACAUCGCAGACACCUAUCCUUGCACCAGCUCUUACAUCUUUACAGGAAGAAAGACUCAGACAGCUUCAAAGCAGGUUGAAAGUUCCUUUUGAUGGAAGCCGGAUAGAGCAUCAGGAUGCUCUUAAGCAGCUUUGGAGGUUGGCUUUUCCCAACAGGGAGCUCCCACCUCUUAAAUCAGAACUAUGGAAGGAAAUGGGCUGGCAAGGAACCGAUCCCUCAACAGAUUUUAGGGGUGGCGGAUACAUAUCACUUGAGAAUCUCAUAUAUUUUGCUGAGAAAUAUCCGGAUUCUUUCCAGUGUUUGUUGCACAAGAAAGAUGGACAGAGGGCUGAGUGGGAAUAUCCUUUUGCUGUAGCUGGCAUCAACAUUUCGUUCAUGUUGGCACAAAUGCUGGAUCUCCAAUCUGGAAAGCCAACUUCUAGAGCAGGGGCACGAUUUCUAGAAUUACUUGCACAGGAUGAGAUGGCAUUUGACAAUCUGUAUUGUAUAGCCUUUUUGAUGAUGGACGCGCAAUGGCUUGCCAAACGUGCAUCAUAUAUGGAGUUUAAUGAUGUUCUGAAAUCUACGAGAACUCAACUAGAACGGGAGCUUGGGUUGGAAGAUGUCUGCAGCGUAAAAGAUUUGCCUGCAUACAACCUAUUGAGAAGAUAAGCCCUGAGGUGACCAAAUUUUACGUCGUCAACAACUAUUUGGGUUUUACGUAAAAUGUCAACAGUGUAGUUAUUUUACUAUAUGUCAAUAGGAACUGGAUCAUGCACAAAGAUGUACAAUUUUAUGUUAGAAUUUGUACUUUAUGAGCAUAGUGAUCGUGAACCUUGUGCCUAGAGACUACAGUAAAUAAAUUUAGUUCAAAAGUUCAUAUAAUGUAUACAGUGUUUGUUACGAUAAGGAGCUUGUUUCUGGAUAGAAAUUUCGGAUUUUUUUUAAA